AUGACAGCCUUCGAACAACCCCCCGCAUCGCAGCUCCCGCACCUCCGCCGCAGCAAUGGCAACACACAGCUCAUCGUCAAGGGCAAGCCCUUCCUGAUGCUGUCGGGCGAGCUGCACAACUCGUCCCUCUCGUCGGCCCGCUUCAUGUCCGAGGUCUGGCCCGCCAUGAAGGCCAACCACGUCAACACGCUGCUGGGUGCCGUGACGUGGGAGGACAUCGAGCCCGUCGAGGGCCAGUUCAACUUCGCGGAGCUCGACGCCGUGCUGGCCGGCGCGAGAGAGCACGGCAUGCACCUCGUGCUGCUCUGGUUCGGCACCUACAAGAACGGCAUCUCGACGUACGCGCCGCACUGGGUCAAGCGCGACACGAAGCGCUUCCCGCGCGUCCAGUGCCUCGAGGCCGGCGGCGUCAAGCGCACCAUCGAGAUGGUCACCCCGCUCAGCGAGGAAGGGUGCGCGGCCGACUCGCGGGCCUUUGCCGCGCUGUGCAGGCACCUCGCGCAGGUCGACGCCGAGCACAACACGGUGCUCAUGAUCCAGGUCGAGAACGAGACGGGCCUGCUGGGCGACUCGCGCGACCGCUCCCACCGCGCCAACAAGGCCUUCGCCGAGCCCGUCCCCGAGGCCCUCCUGCGCCACCUGAGCGAGAGGUCGGCCGACCUGCACCCCAAGUUCAAGGCGCGCUUCGCCGACCCGCCGCCGCCGGCGUCGGGCGCCGCGCACUACUCGUGGGAGGACCUCUUCGGCGCCGGCGCCUCGGCCGACGAGGCCUUCAUGGCGUAUCACAUCUCGUCGUACGUCGGCCGCGUCGCCGCCGCGGGGAAGAAGGAGUACGACAUCCCGCUGUACACCAACACGUGGCUCAACUUUGACGACCCGUCCGACCUCGACCUCCGCGGCGUGCCCAUCGUCGUCGGCGGCGGCGCCGAGCCCGGCGUCUACCCCUCGGGCGGGCCCUGCCCGCACGUGCUGGACAUCUGGCGCUACAACACCAUCUUCACACCGCACAAGUCGCUCGACUUUUUGGCGCCCGACCUGUACUUCCACAACUACGAGGCCGUGUGCCGCGACUACACGGCGCAGGGGAACCCGCUCUUCAUCCCGGAGCAGCGGCGCGACGAGAACGGCGCGCGGCGGGUGUGGCUCUCGUACGGCACGUACGGCGCGCUGGGCGCGAGCCCGUUCGGCAUCGACACGGGCGCCGAGGUCGUCGGCCGCGAGUUCAAGCUGCUGUCGCAGGUGGCGCCGUACCUGCUCGCGGCGCGGCCCGAGGACCGCAUGGGCUUCUUCUUCGACGAGGAGGUCGACACGGCCGGCAAGGGCGAGAGGUGGACGCGGGUCUUUGGCGACAUGGAGGUCAUCGUCGAGCGCGCCUUCGUCUUCGGCAAGCCGGGCCCGGGCGGCGGGCUCGUCAUCCACCUCGGCGGCACCAAGUUCCUCGCCGUCGGGCGCGGGUUCAACGUCCGCUUCCGCAGCGUGCGCAAGGAGGCGACGUUCACGGGCAUCCUGGCGGCGGCGGAGAAGGAGGUGGGCGAGGACGGCGCGCUGCGGACGCUGAGGGUGUUCAACGGCGACGAGACGCGCAGCGGCGAGUUCCUCAUCAUGCCCAACGACGACCCGGACUACGGCGGGUUCCCCAUCGCCGUGACGGUGCCGGCGCGGACGUGCAUCGCCGAGAUCGAGGCCUACUGGGUCGCCGAGGAUGAGGCGGACCGAUGA